AUGAUUCUCAAACACAUCCUUACGCUCUUCUCUCUCUCAUCUCCCAUCCUCGCAUUGUCUUCACCUCCAACCUAUCCAAACACCACCACUCCCUCCUUCCAAACCCCCAACUUCACUCUCAACGAACUCUACAACCUAACAAACCGCUUCCUCCAAAACCACAUGUACCNNCCCCUCAACAUCGCCCAAUCCCUAUCCAUAAACUCAUCUCUCCUAUCCUCCGACAUCCUCGGUCGUGUAGAUGCCACCCGCGACUACGCAGGCCGCGAACUAAACACCGAAUACCUGUUUGGAUUGUUUGCCAACAUCGCUUUGAAUCCUGAUGCCUUUACGCUUCUCGGAUAUCCUGUAAACUAUACGUUUACGAGGUUUUUGGGAAGUGGGAAUGUGGUUAGUUUUGCGGCUGUGGUGGAGUAUAUGUUGCCGGUUACAAAGACGACGAUACCCCAAGAGUUGGACUUUUGGGUUACGUUUAAUGAGAAAGGGGAGAUUUCGCAGUAUGAUGNNGGUGAGUGUGUCUCCAUCCUUGCCAUUUUAGACCUCUGUCUUGCGAGUCAAAGAAAGACACUGAUGCAGAAUAGUAACUUCCGCUACCUCCAAUGGCAACUAAACAGCACAAUCGCCAGCGUAGCCAGCUUCCUAAACCUCUCUUCCUCCACCUCCAUCAUCCCUCUCCUCCACCAAAAACUAUCCCAAAGCAUUUGCGCCACAGCAACCCAAUUCUGCAACGGCACAAACCUCCAAUAUGCAAACCAAACAGCUUGUGAGGAUUACUUGUUCACAAAAACAAGGUUUGGAGAAGGUUGGGAGUGGGGCAUGGAUACUGUGUCUUGUCGUAUGAAUAUGGUACCGCUUCGUCCGGAUGUGCAUUGUGCACACAUUGGUCCUUCGGGUGGAGGUAUGUGUGUAGAUGACCGCACGUACGUCGGCAACCUCGAAGAAAACUACUUUGUCAAUUCGCCUUUCCUGGCUCCUGGGCUUGCUGGUGGUGUGUUUACUUAA